AUGUCCGGCCCUUUGUUCGCUUCGCCCGACAGAGUUAGUCGCGCCGCUCACAGGGUGCAAACACUAGUUGAGAUAAUGAGGGAUCGCCGCCUUGAGUUUCUUGCUAUCGAAGAUGCCGCCGAUAUUUUUGGCAGGUGGGUCAAGGCCUAUCACCGACAAGAGCUUGAUCCAGAAGACGAUGAUGAAGAUUGGGCCGUGGACUGGGAGCAUCCGAAUGAAGAAAAGGAUGUCGGGACACUUCUGGCACUGGCUCUGGGCGAGAUGAACGCAGCACACAGAUUGCUCGACGUGAGAGGGACGACUUCAGAAACGCCUGAAUCGGAGUUUGCACUGGAAGACUGCUUGAGAAGGCUAUACGGGCUGCUCUACAAUAUUAUCUAUUGGGACUUUGGAGGAUGUGUCGGACUGCUCGCCCCUGCCACCCCCGGCGCGCUACUCAAGAAACCGAAAUACGAUGACUGGGUUUUGCGGGAACUCCCGGAUGCCUCCAACACCGAAGACUCUACCGACAAGCCCGCCGAUGAGUCUACUGACAAGCCCGCCGAAAAGUCCACCGACAAGCCCACCGAUGAGUCUACUGACAAGCCCGCCGAAAAGUCCACCGACAAGCCCACCGAUGAGUCUACUGACAAGCCCGUCGAAGAGCCUACCGACAAGCCGGUCGACAAGUCCAUUGACGAAUCCACCGGUGAGUUCUCCGAUGAGUCCUCCGAUGAGCUCUCCGACGAGUCCUCCAGUGAGUCCGCCGAAGCCGACCCGGAGGUAGAUGACCCAUCGCAAGAUUUGGACCCGAAAUUCUACGCAGCAGCAAAAUCACUGGAACACCUCAGCGAGCAAGAAUUCCAAGAUUUGAGCGAAGAAUACUACGUACAGCCAAAAGUCAAGAAGCUGUUAGAAUUCAACUGGAAUACACACUCUCGAAAGGGGAAGACGAAGGCCGGUCCUCGAUAUCCAUAUGCAGCAAAACAGCUUUUUAUGACUGUAGAUGGUGUAUCGGAAUUCAUAAACCCUGAAAAUCUCCCAGCACCACCACCUCCUGAACCCCUGAGCAAAAAGGAAUACCUAGACUUGGUCAACGAAAGAACGACGAAGCGUGAGCCUGGGGAAAUACCGUCCAAAAGGCCAAUAGAUCUCAGGACCGCUUCGCGCUUGGGGAUUCCGCGUAAAACUCUCGAUGAGUCUCAGCCUGCCGCAAUCUUGAAGCGGCGCCAGGUCCACAAGCCCCCCGGACAGCCUCUGCCCGCCAAAUCCCCAACGACCGCUGGGCCCUCAAAGUCGGCCGCAUCCGCAAAGCCCGCCGGAAUUGCAAAUAUCCCUGGACUCUUCCAGCCCCCUGGACAGCCUCUGCCCACCGGAUCCCCAACGAUCGCCGAGUCCUCAAAGACUGCUGAAUCGAGAAAGCCUACUGAAAUCGCAAAGUUCUCCGAAAGUUCGAAAUCCUUGGAAAAAUUACGGAGGUUCCCCAAAUCCGAAACGAUCGGCGAAUCCUCAAAGACCGCUGAAUCGAGAAAGCCCGCUAAUUCUACACAAUCCCCCGAAUAUUUGAGAUCUUUGGAUGAAUUAUGGAGACCCCCCGAAUUCCCAACUAUCGCCGAGUCCUCAAAGACCGCUGAAUCGAGAAAGCCUGUUGAAUUCGCAAAGCCACCGGAAAGUUUGAAAUCCUUGGAGGGGUUCUGGAGGCCCACCGGAUUCGCAAGUUUCCCUAGAACCUUUCAAUCUGCCAGAUUCUCUCAGCCUGCUGGAGCUUCUCAGAACACGCCCGCCGAGUCCCCCAAGUCGGUCGGACUCUUAGAACCCGCUGAGAUCCUCCCAUCCCCCGAUAUCACGCAGCCCGCCGAAUCCCCAACGCCCGCCAAAUCCUCUAAACCCGCUGGAGUCUCUCGGAAUAUUGGAUUCCCAAAGCCCCCCGAAGUUUUGAAGCCGUCAAGGUCAGCCAGACUCUUGGAACCCCGUGAAAUCUUCGCACCCCUCGAUAUCAGUCCGUCCCCCAAAGCUAAAAAGCGCUCCCCAUCAUUUGCGCAAGAGCCCACGGAGGUCAAGAGGCGCGGAGAGGUUGGUGAGCCUCCGGAGCCUCCGAAAUUUAAGAUGCUGGAUGACGAGGAGGACGAUGAGUGGUCGGAUAGUGAGGAGGAGGACGAGAGUCCGUUGGCCGAGGCAUCUUCCUCUUCUGCAAACGCUUAUGGUCAGGCUAAAAAGCGUUCCCCACCAUCUGUGGAGCGUCCCACGCAAAUCAAGAGGCGUAAGACGAUGGAUAGUGAGGAGGAGGACGAGAUGUCGGAUAACGAGGAGGAAGACAAAAAGUCGGAUACUGAGGAGGACGACGAGAAGCCGUUGGCUGAGGCUUCCUCUCCUUCUGCGAAAGCUUAUGGUAAGAAGAUUGAUUGGAAGGGCAAAGGAAAGGAAUAG